AUGAGUAAACGUAAGAAGUUAGAACAACUGACUCAAAACUCUCUGAAGAAAGGUCAUGUCAAAGUUGAUGAAGUUCUUAUACGACAACAAAAUGAAAGGCAGAGACUACAUGAGGAGUAUGACAAGCAAGUUUCAAAUGUUUUGCAGCAGCUGGAGACAGACUUGGAAAAGACAAAAGAGCAAGAGGAGAAAAUACAGAAUGUAUUCCGACAACAACUGAAACUUACUCAGCAGUCCAGAAUCAUCCAAAGCCAGAGGCUAAAAACAAUCAGACAGCUACAUGAAGAAUAUAUAAAGGGGUUGGAAAAAGUUGAAACAGAUCACCAGUCACAAGCAGCAAAAGUCCAGGCUGAACUGAAGAAAGAAAUGGCACUUCUUCAAAAGAAAGCAUUGAUGGAUACUCAAAAGCAGACAAUGGACACUUUCAAGAAGUCCCUGCAGAAUAUGCUGUUCUAGAUGGUUCAGUUAAAUCUGAAAUGACAGGUGAAUGGCUUGCUGGGGAAAGUUUUGGUUCCCAUUAAGGCAGACAAUAUUUUCAAUCAGUUGUAUGCUUUUUUCUCUCACCUUUUUAUGCAAGGCAUAUUUACAUGCUCCACUAUCUAUGUAAAUUGAUCUUUCUUUGGCUUAGAAAAUAAUAACAAGUAUGGAGUUUACUUAAAUA